GCGUGCCAGUGCGGCUCGGGACGGCGCAGAGAGCGGACACGUUCGUCGGCAGCGCGCUCCUCGCUCCGCCACUACAGUGUCUCGUCGCGCAGCGUGCUGCUCGCGCUCGUUGGAGUCGGCCGUGUCGGCGCCCGGACUCCCGACGCCGUGUGCCGUCUUGUGGUGUGGUGCCUCGCCCUCAAGCAAAGUGCCUCAGUGUUGUGCAGUGCUCCACUCAGUGAUGAUUGUGUUGGUGAUAUAAAAAAGUGCAAGUGCCAAAAGUGACGACGGAGGGCGGCUCUGCCUUCCCCCCGGACCCUUUUUGGAUUACCACUCCGGGGCGCCCCGCUGCCUCGCGCAGCCCUCGGGGCCCAGCCCUGCCCCCCACGGCCCUGCGGCCCUGCCCCCUGCGGCCCCGCCCCGCAGCGCGACGUUGUCACGACCUACGCCGCCCCCCUCAAGGCCGUAACAGUGGACUUGUUCAAAUUGGAUUUCAAUGUUAGGAUGGCCCUGGCGAGGAGGCUGCCGCCCAAGAGUCCUCAACUGAGAGGCCCGAUGCUGCCGGUGGUGAGCGACUGUUCGCCGCCGACGGCUCGCGUCACCUCCAACCAUACGGGAUCCAGCAUGGCUGUGUCCCGCGUACCGAGCCCAGCGCCCCCUGAAGUCAACACGCCGGUGGCCGAGAACUGGUGUUACACACAGGUCAAGGUGGUCAAAUUUAGCUACAUGUGGACCAUCAAUAAUUUCAGUUUCUGUAGAGAGGAGAUGGGAGAAGUCCUUAAAUCAUCAACUUUCUCAGCAGGAGCUAAUGAUAAACUAAAAUGGUGUUUACGAGUAAAUCCUAAAGGAUUAGAUGAAGAAAGUAAAGACUAUCUAUCAUUAUAUUUACUCCUAGUCUCAUGUAACAAAUCAGAAGUUCGAGCAAAGUUUAAAUUCUCCAUAUUGAAUGCUAAGAGAGAAGAGACCAAAGCAAUGGAGAGCCAACGGGCAUACAGAUUUGUACAAGGGAAAGACUGGGGUUUCAAGAAGUUCAUCCGUAGAGAUUUUCUGUUAGAUGAAGCUAAUGGGUUGCUCCCAGAUGACAAGCUAACAAUUUUCUGUGAGGUGAGCGUUGUAGCAGACAGUGUUAACAUCUCUGGACAAUCAAAUACAGUACAGUUCAAGGUUCCAGAAUGUCGGUUGUCUGAUGACAUGGGCCUUUUAUUCGAGAACCAAAAGUUUAGUGAUGUCACUCUCUCUGUGUGUGGGAGGGAAUUCCAGGCACACAAAGCCAUACUAGCAGCACGGAGUCCAGUGUUUGCUGCCAUGUUUGAGCAUGAAAUGGAGGAGAGGAAGCAUAACCGUGUUGCCAUAAUGGAUGUGGACCACGAAGUGUUGAGAGAAAUGCUCAGGUUCAUAUACACUGGCAAAGCCACCAAUCUUGAAAAAAUGGCUGAUGAUUUAUUAGCUGCUGCAGACAAGUAUGCACUAGAAAGGCUAAAAGUUAUGUGUGAAGAAGCCUUGUGUACAAAUUUGUCAAUAGACAAUGCUGCAGAUACCCUAAUACUUGCAGAUCUGCAUAGUGCAGACCAAUUAAAAGCACAAGCCAUUGAUUUUAUCAAUACGCACGCAACAGAUGUCAUGGACACAUCAGGCUGGAAGGCAAUGAUCCAGUCACAUCCCCACCUUAUCGCAGAAGCAUUUCGAGCUCUUGCAACACAACAAAUACCCCCUGUCGGCCCUCCACGAAAACGUGUCAAAUCCAGCUGAAGGCAGCCGUCUGUGGUGGGGGACCCCAAAAAGUGUUGACUCUUCUCGGACGAUGAGCUGUGGGCCAAAGCCUGAUGUUCGUCUUGCAGCUGCACCGUCCAAGCAACUCUACCCUCCACCCCAGAUGUGGCCUUACUGGACUGUUCAGUGCCACUUAUUGCCAGUAGUGCUGGCAUCCGUGUGAUGCUGACCUCCCUAGACCUGUGCUAGAUCUCCCCAAGCAAUAAAACAUCUCUAUUGUGGACCUCUUGCUUUUGAGUACAACUGUGUGACUAGCACACCUGUGUAAGAAUCACAAAUUAUUUUUUUCCUGUAUGAACUUUUUGUUUUGUUUUUUGUUUAAGGCGCCACCUGUAUUUAAGGAAUAGUGUUCCAACUUAUUUGUAAAUCCUCUCUCUGCCAAAGCCUUAUCUUCCUUUUUAAAUGUCUUAACAUGGCCCCAGUACAGACUGCUGUAUCCCAUGACUGCGAAUGCUAGCCAUGCGCCUUUCGUUAGCAUUGAGGUGCAGUUUUCUGAGGAGGAACUGUGGUCUUUCGAAUGAAGUCAGGCAGCAGAGAUAUGGCUGUGGGUAUGUUUCCCCAGCCUGUGGCUCCCUGGCCGUCUGGACCAGAUCUUACUGCAUUGUGUGUGAUAUAUCAAUGGUGGCAUGUACUUCACUUGUUUUAGCUGUAUUGACAUUAGUUUUCAAAAUUGUUGUUUGGCAUAAUGUUUUUAUUCUUAGGAAUUCCUGUGUUCCAAUGUUUUUUUAUUCGCUAAAUUUGUGAAGACAGUUUCAGUUUAAUGGACAUUCAAAGUGCAUUUAUGUAUGUGAGUUUCAUUUUGUCCAAAUUUCUAAAGUGCUCAGAACAGAACAUCAUUUGUAGCAAGUGGAAACAUGUUAAUGGUGUAGUGGUUUAUUUUAAUCACCUCACUGCUUACAUUGAAAAUUUCUGUGAUUUAAUGUAGUUUAAAGAAGAGAUUACUAAUUUGAAAGCUGUUGAUAAUCAAAAGCUUUUCAUAAGUAAAUGCUUGCGUGGACAUUGUGAAGGGCUCAAAGUGUUCAGGGGCCCGUCCAUUGCAAGUAGGCACAUGAUUUUGAGAGGGUCUUUUGAGGGCUGGUCAUCUGUUCCAUGUAGAAUGAUGAGGCAGAACGAGUGCGAUUUGGUGGAGGCAGCCUGUGUUAAAUAAACUGUAUAUAGUUAGCAAAGGUGCAUCCUAAUUUGAGCUGGGGCCCCUUUUGGCCUUUUUUCAUGCCCUGUAAAUAACAAUUCAGAAUGCAUCUUUGCUCAAUAGAAUACAUAAACCAACCAUUGAUCUCUUAACCAGUUUUGCCUCCAAUUUGAUUCAGGAGUGUAAUCAAUCAAUGUUACCUCACAACAUUAAACAUUAUAUUUGUUCAAUUUUUUAAUGUUUUUUUUUUCUUUUUUUUUUGCUGUAAAAUGCUUGUGACUUUCCUAAGGACAUAGAGUGAGCUGCAAAAAGUGGGUGUGAAUGUCAGAUGUAGAGUAUGUAGAGAGUGUCUGUGUGUGUGAAUGCGUGUGUGUGCAUUACUACUCUCUAGUAUUGACUCAUUCAAUGAUCACUUCGUUCAUUGAUUGUUUGUUUAUCUGCAUAUAUGUCAAAACAUGGCUGUGUCAAUUAGUCUAAUUUCUGAUAUCACAUCUGUGUUUUUACAAAUUUGCAAACGAGAGUUGUAAAUGGUUCCCAUGUAUACAUGUGUUCGAAUGGGCUUUUUGCAUCUGAGUAGGUUUGUGAAAGUUAGCCUUGUUGUUUCCCUUCUUUUUUUUUCCUUUUUUUUUCGAAUACUUUGAUUUGGUCUGAGUAGAUUAAGUGUUGGCACGCGGUGGCAUCAGCGCCAAACAAUUCAUGGUAUGAGCAGCUGCUCCAGAGUGAUUUGUAAACAGUCAAUUUUCAGUCACUAUUAGAAUAAAUGAAUUUCCUUUCCCAAGUUCGAUUGCAAGGUUGUUGGUUUCCAGCUGGUAUAUUUGAUUCAACCAUAGCCGUAUGGCUACUUAUUAAUUUACAAUUGUCACAAAGUGUUCUCUGAUGUAUAUAUUACGAGUAUUAGAAUGAAUUGGUUGACAUUCACAUUGUACCUUAGUGGAAGUGGCUUAGCCAUUAUCCAUGAAUUACCAAAGAUUCAAAGUGAAAUGUGAAUAUUACCGCUGUUGAUGAUGAAAUGUUACGGUAACCAGCAGCCUUGUCAACUGAUGUAUUUUUGAUUGAGAACACAGAUUGUAAUGAUUCAAGGAGAAGUUCCCUGCUAAAUGGAGUACUGCUCUUAAACAUGAGGCAGGACUUGCAUCCAAGCUUGCUGAGCAGUAAAUGCAGCAUCUCUGCCCUUGUUGGAAACCGUUCCCCAUUGUUGCAAUGGCCUGCCCAAAAACACCUGUAUGCCAUAACAUGUACUGUGAUAACCGUUUUAUUUUUUCCUCUUAAACUGGAUUUGUUUCCUUGUUCAUUGUAAGUAAAUGCCCACCUCGACAUAACUUCCGUUAAAAUGUCGGUAUCACGGCAGCACUAAGUGAAUAAAUUGUCUGCUGUGUGGGAUUUUCACUGUGCAAAGUAAUGUUUGAAAUUUUAGAUUUAAGUGUGAAUUAAAAAAAAAUGAACAUUCACUGUA